AUGACCACCGAGGAGAUGCUCGAGCCCUCGAGCUACACGGUCGGCUGGAUCUGCGCUCUCGCGACCGAGUUCAACGCGGCCAAGGCGUUCCUCGAGGUCGCCCACACCGGCGUCCCCUACACAUCGCAGCACGACACCAACACCUACGCCCUCGGGCGCGUCGGGCCGCACAAUGUCGUCAUCGCCGUGCUGCCGGACGGCGAGUAUGGUACCACGACGGCCGCGACGGUGGCGCAGGGCUUGCUGAGCAGUUUCCCCAACGUCCGUAUCGGCGCCGCUGGGGGGAAGGGAGGCGUGUUCCAGUAUGACUACGGCAAGGCCAUCCAGGGCCUCGACUUCCAGCAUAACGACUACUUGAACCGGCCGCCCACAUUACUGCGGACGGCCCUCAGCGCGCUGCGCAGCCAGUAUGAGAUGGAGGGGAGCCAGCUCGACGACAAGGUCCGUGAUGCCCUGCAGCGCUGGCCUAGGAUCAAAAAGAAAUACUCCCGUCCUCCAGCUGGCAGCGACCGACUCUACCUGUCGGAUGUGUUGCACCGCGACUCUGGCACGUCGGGCGAUGACUGCGGAAAGACCUGCGGUAGCGAACCGACGCGGCUCAAGGCCCGGACAGCCCGAGAGGACGAUGAAGACGACCCACAGGUUCACUAUGGUCUCAUUGCGAGCGGCAACUCGUUGAUGAAGGAUGCCACCAUCCGAGAUAAGAUGGCCAAAGAGAACGGGGUGCUUUGUUUCGAGAUGGAAGCAGCCGGGCUUAUGAACAAUUUCCCCUGCCUCGUCAUCCGCGGAAUCUGCGACUACUCGGAUACGCACAAGAACAAGCAAUGGCAGGGCUAUGCGGCUAUGGUUGCUGCCGCGGUUGCUGGAGACUUGCUACGCCUCAUCUCUGCGAACAAGGUGGAGCGUGAGACCCGCCUCAAAGAUACCAUUGAGAACAUUGAGUCAAAAGUGAACGAGAUAAGCUCGCACGUGAUAGAGACGAAAGCCGCGAUGAAAGCUGUUUGUGUCGAUGAGCAUCUCAAAAAGCUUCGCCUCUGGCUGUCUCCGCCAGACCCUUCCACCAAUGCUGCCGCGGCGAGAGAGCUGAGGCAUGCUGGCAGUGGAAGCUGGCUGCUCCAAAGUGACGCAUUUCAGCGGUGGAAAUCUGGCCAGCUGCGGCAUCUCUGGCUGCAUGGGAAGGCUGGCUUUGGCAAGACGAUUCUCAACACGACAAUAUACGACCACCUCGAGCUAGUGGGCGGGUUCACUCUUCUUCGCUUCUAUUUCGACUUCAAGGAUACGCGCAAGCAGUCGCUCGAAAGUCUUCUUCGGUCACUGGCCUAUCAACUGCACCAGACGAGCCAUGAGGUCUCGCGAAUUAUUGAUCAGGCUUUCGAGUCGCAUAGCUCAGGUAAACGGCAAGUUGACAGAAGUGUCCUGUCUCAAGUCGUCAUCAGGGGCUUAGAAGCUGCACCGAAGGCCGUGCUUGUACUCGAUGCUCUGGAUGAAUGCACGACACGUCGCGAGCUGUUGAAUUGGCUGAAAGACGCUGUUGACGAGCUCGAGGGAAGUGAUUUAAAGCUCAUCAUAACUGUGAGACCGGAGCCAGAGUUUACGCGAGAAGUACCCCGAGUCUUUGGCCCCGAGAACUGGGUCGCCCUGGACAAGAGGGCAGUGGACGUCGAUAUUCGGUCCUAUGUGAUGGCUGAGCUGCAGGCGCCCCGUUUCUCCGAGAAGGGCAUUCCCCAGAGCAUUCUGGACAGCAUUGUGAAAAAAGUGGGAGGUGGAGCGGAAGGAAUGUUCAGGUGGGCAUUUUGCCAAAUGGAUGUCCUGGCAAGGUGCCAUCAUGCUGAAGCUCUUGAGACAGCCCUGGCGAGCCUGCCCAAGGGUCUCAAUGAGACAUACGACCGCAUGCUUGCGGCUAUUCCAUCCGAGCUCAAGGAGGAUGCGAGCAGGCUCCUGUCAUUCAUCUUAUCCAUGCAUGAACCUCUGACUGUCGACGCUGCGAUUGACAUCAUCGCCACACGCAUAGACGGGGAGCAGAGCAAGCGUGGCUGCAACCCCAAGCGCAGGCUGUUCCGAGAGCACGACUUGCUUGAGUACUGUCCGGGACUGAUAUCAUUUGGUGCCAGUUGGAACAAGGAGCCGAUUGUCCACCUUGCUCACUUCUCAGUCAAGGAGUAUCUUCACAGGCAAGAGAGAUUCAAGCAAGUCCUUAUCAGUAAAGAGAAGUCUCUGGAGCAACCACGCGAGGAUGGCACAGAGCUUGACAGCAGUGGUUGAGGGCGUGUUCCUUUUCUACAAGACGAAAGAAGCCUACGAGAAUGGAUUCAUCGCUAUGGCCGUCUCACAACCGAAACGGAUUAUCCAAGGGGGCUCUACUACGCUUGCCUGCAUGGCCUGCUUCCGGUUGUGAGGAGGUUUCUCGCUGCCGGAAUGGAGGUCAAUGUACAAGCUGGAUACUUUGGG